CAAUAGUGAAAAGUGAAAAGCGUGUGUUCAUUGUUUACCAAAGCACAGUUAUUGCUUAUAAUUCACGUAGCGGGGAUUUGCAUGCAGACCGACCACCGUUUCGACGGUCGUCGUGCAACCCGUAAUCGCACAAUGCAGCGCGAAUGUACUGACGAUGGGAUGGAUACGGCCGACAAUGGCGAAGACAUUCCGUCCACAAGCAGUACAAAUUUAGCAUCCAGCAGUACAGAAUCUCAACACAGCGAACCUACCAAUGUGGGAAUAAAUCAACCACAGCAAAACGCUACCCAGCAUGAAUCUACAGGAUCCCCUAGCGGUGGUGCUGUGGGUCCAACAUCCGACAGCGUACGAAGCACGCCGAAGCUUAGCCACGAUCGUACGUCAAAGAAUGGAUCUCAAAUGCAACUCUCGCAGUUGGCACCAGCAGUUGCCAGCGGUACAGCGGGCCUUGCUGGCGCGAACAGUUCAGCAGUAGACGAUGGGGACACUAUUACCGUGAUCGAACGCCCGGUUAACAUUGAAACUUCCGAAGCAUCUAAAUCACCCCUAAGCGCAUCCACCACCGCCACUUCGAUGCGACUUAGCCUAUUGCCUUGGAAUAGCCAUAACCGAUCAGCGCUCCUUUCGGGUACAGGCAGUGGCAGUGGUAUGGCGGCCACAAUCGAUAUGAUGGCUGCGUCGGAUGGAACGCUGCGCCCGGGGGAAAUUGUAAUGCGUACCCUGUUUACAGACUUUACGGUGCAGGCGGAGAAGAAAAUUGAAAGCGUGUUGUUAGAUGGUUCCGACAAAAAUUUGCCAAAGCUGUUGCAGCGUGGAGAAGACUAUCAGUUUGAUCAGCUUCUGCAAGCACUUGGCUCGGUAGCGGAACACUGUCUACCGUCGUUGCUGAAGGCACUGCUCGCAUGGCACAAGCAUCAAAUAUGCGACAAAAACAUAAAACGAGACCUGCAAACGGGAGUAAGCUCCACCACACACCAUCCGGCAAACAAAUCAGGCUUGGACUUAGAUUAUCAACUGUUGCGGCGUGAGGCAGCAGUAGAAUUCAUUUUCUGUCUCGCACUCAUCGAGAUUCUGCGCCAAUUUCCGUUCCAUCCGGGACAUGACGAUAUAACUAAACAGAUUGAGAAUCUUGCCUUUCGCCAGUUUAAGUACAAGGAAGGUGCACAGACGGCACCGAACGCAAACGACUGCUAUCGUAUCGCUGAUCUUUAUGCGGAGGUAGUCGGUGUCCUGGCUCAGAGUCGAUUUUCCUCCGUACGGAAAAGAUUCAUGACCGAGCUAAAGGAACUGCGCAACAAGGAACCGAGCCCAUUCACGACGCACAGUAUUAUCAGCUUGCUGAUGGGAAUGAAGUUCUUCCGCGUGAAGAUGGCCCCCAUCGAGGAGUUCGAAGCAUCGUUCCAGUUUAUGCACGAAUGCGCACAAUACUUUUUAGAGGUAAAGGAUAAGGACAUUAAACACGCGAUGGCUGGCCUGUUUGUGGAAAUUCUAGUGCCCGUAGCAGCAACGGUGAAGAAUGAGGUGAACGUACCGUGCGUAAAGAACUUCAUCGAUCUGCUGUACUCGCAAACGCUGGACGCGUGCACCAAGUCUAAACACAAGCUGGCUCUGUUCCCUUUGGUGACGUGUUUGCUGUGCGUUUCACAGAAAUCUUUCUUUCUCAGCAACUGGCAUUGCUUUCUCGCAAUGUGCCUCAGCAAUCUGAAAAACAAAGAUCCCAAAAUGAGUCGAGUUGCGCUGGAAUCGUUGUACCGUUUGCUGUGGGUAUACAUUAUCCGCAUAAAGUGUGAAUCAAAUUCGGCCACUCAUUCUCGUUUACAAAGCAUCGUAAACUCACUCUUUCCACGUGGCUCAAAAGCGGUGGUUCCACGCGACACACCACUGAAUAUAUUUGUGAAAAUCAUUCAAUUUAUCGCACAGGAACGGCUCGACUUUGCAAUGCGAGAGAUCGUGUUCGAGCUGCUGUGCGUGGGUCGUCCGAUCAAGAUCAUUAUGACUCCGGAGCGAAUGAGCAUCGGUUUGCGAGCGUUCAUGGUGGUAGCGGACUCACUGCAGCAGAAGGACGGCGAACCUCCGAUGCCCCGUACGGUAGGUGUUCUCCCGUCUGGCAAUACGUUGCGCGUGAAAAAGACCUAUCUGAACAAAAUGCUUACCGAAGACACGGCGCGUAGUAUCGGAAUGUCAAACUACUUUCCACACGUGCGGCGCGUGUUUGUAGACAUUUUGCGUGCGCUUGACAUCCAUUGCGGGCGUCCCCUGAUGAUGACGGUAAUCCAGAAUCAAAACAAAGAAUUCGACGAAAUGUUGACUGGCGAACGGAAGCCACGCAUCGAUCUGUUCCGCACGUGCAUUGCUGCCGUGCCACGUCUUACACCCGACAAUAUGACUGGUCACGAAUUGGUCGAUAUGCUGUCCCGUUUGACGAUCCAUAUGGACGAGGAGCUGCGAGGCUUGGCCCAUCAAUCGUUACAAACGUUGGUGUGCGAUUUUCCCGAGUGGCGCCAAGAUGUGAUCCAAGGGUUCAGUCAAUUUUUGGCACGAGAUGUAGUGGACACGUUUCCACAGCUGUUGGACAACGGUUUGCGAAUGCUGUACGCAUUUCUAACCGUUUGGCGUAAUUUGCUCGGCACGGGAAGCAAUAGUAACAGUAACAACAAUACGCUUAACACAAAAGGAACCGGUGGAGCUACUUUAGCUCCUUCCGGGCAACUAGUAGGUGGUUUGGGUGGGAUAGGACGUGCAGCGAAUCAGCAAGAUUUGGGACUGUUAAAACCAAACCAUCCACAGACAGCUGUAAACGCAUCGCUCAACGCGGCUACCAUAAACUCCAAUUCCAGCGGAAGUUCGGGCAUUUCUUCCAUCACCCAAACGACCACCAUUACUGCGGGAGCUAUCGGGGGAGUUGGUACGAGCAGUAGUAGUGGCAUUGGUGGCACCGCUGGCGGAGGGAGUACUGAUUCGGCGACAGCCGGUAGCAGUGCAACUGGUGGCAAGAAAGGUCACGAGCUACCCUUAGCAACGACAAUGCAUAUGGUGGAAGGAUUAGCGUUGGUUAUGCUGUGCAACUGUCGAUCACAACCACGCAAGUUUGCGGUUAGCAUAUUGAAGGAGGUGAAAGUGUUGAAGAAGCUUUUGGGCAUUCCAGAAACAGAACCGGCUUUGAUUGAUGUUAUCGAUAAAUGCUGUCCGCAGGCUCUUGAGAAAUGUCUGCACAUGCUUCCGCAGACUGAUCGAACGGCAAUGCUGAACGCAAACGUGAUCGACCUGCAAUGGAUUGUGGACCGCAAUAGUGGCGUGUGGACAACCGGCCAUGUUGAGGAAUCAACCAAAGCGUCCACCUUGACACUUUGCCUAUCACAAUCUGCCCUUGGCCAAGCGUACGAUCCGUGGAGUGUGUGUUUGUUCGGAUUCAUGGAGCGGACGCGCGUUUUACAACAUUGCCCAUCGGUUGUGGCUCAAGCGUGGCCUAUAUGUUAUCAACGAGUAACGAGCUUGUUCAACGUGAUAGAUCCAACCCCAGUAAGUGACAAUCGUGCAUCAUUACUUCGUAGUUCGGCACCAACAAAAAAACCACCCUCUGAGGCACAACGGGACUCGUUGGCACAUCUGUGGAAAAAUCAGGUCGCAUUGGCAAUGCGCCUUAUUCCACAGAUGCCCAGUGUUGCCGUGCGAUGCGCUUCACCCGAUCUCAGCUUAAGUCUGCAUGAUCAGUCGGAUUCCCGCUCGUUGUCCGACUCGUUGGACAAUAUACCGUCAUCCGUGUUUGGACCAGAAGGAAUCGUGACACGCUUCACCCUACCUCUAUCCUAUGGUCGCAAAGAUGCCAGACAUAAGAGACAAGGCUCUUCUCCGGACUCGUUGUCAGCGGAUCGGAGUGACAAGUCUAGCGGGACAACUGCUUCACCCGUGGCACUUUACAAGCUGGUAAUACCGUUGUUACGUUGCGAAGUCGUCGAUAUACGAGAUGCGGCAGUUAAUGCUCUGGGGAUGAUAAACCAUGACGCGUUGAAGGACCUUAUGGAAGAACUCGUAGUGUAUAUCCGUGAGGCCAUCGAUCGUAAGCAGGAGAAUAUGAGGCGUCGCCGACGCCGCGAUGCACUGCGGUUGCAACUGGUGCGUGUACUUGAGAAGAUAGCAGAGAAUGGCACGUUCGGCAUUAGCCAAUUUGUGUUGGAACGCGAAACGAUGUCACUGCAUCCGACUUUUGUUGAGUACAUCGAUGGUGCCCGGCUGUACCUGGAAACGGAAACGGACGGCAAGGAUAGCAGCAGCAUGCGUGAGGUAAAGACGCACUUCUGCGACUUUAUACGAAAGAUGAUAAAAAACUUUUCGCUGGAAUCGUGCGGCACGCUGCUGUCACGUGAGCUCAAACGGAACCUUGUCAAUCUAUUUGUUGGCUGGAGCGGAACUGCAUAUGCGUUACCAUUUGCCCAUGGACAUCAUGGUUCUUCACACCAUCACGGCAGUCAUCAUGGUGUGGGCAGUAGCGGUAGCGGAGGUGGAAGCAUUAGCGGAAUUGGCAGCGGAGUCAGUGGCAUCGGAAGUGGCACCAUUGGUGCGAGUGUAUGGGGCAGCUCGUCUACCACGAGCGGUAUUGGUUCUGCGGGCAAUGCGUCCGUUGGCACUAUUGCAGCAGAAGAGGAAAAAUUACAAUUUAGCGCAUUACAGGCAAUGUCAGCUGUUCUAUGCUGUGGUCCAUGUUUCGAUCCUGCCCAUUUAGCGGAAGAUGGAGCAAUUUAUAGUUGGUUGGACAUGCUAAUGACUUCUAAAGACGAUAAGAUUUAUGAAUUGGCCAAAGAGACGGUCGUAUUACUGCUAGAGUCCAACCCCGAUAUAGGGCAGCUUCUUGAGUGGGUCAUCGAUCGCUGCUAUACGGCUUCUCCACGUGAAGCAGAUGCUUGUUUCUUAGCAUUGUCUGUUAUAUUCAGUGCAAGAGAAUAUCCUUGCGACCAUUACACAUCUGUGAUCAACGUAACGUUGCUGAUGACCGGCUGUCCUAGAGUGGAGGUUCAUUCGACGGCUCUUCAGUUGUUGCAGAUUUUGGAUAAACGUUUCUUCGGUAACGUUGGACCUUUACAUACGGAGAGUGACCGAGAACCCGAUAAAAUUGGCACAUUGGAUGCAGUAUUAAGCGGGGCAUAUUGUCGAUCCCAAAUGUAUCUGUCUCGUCAGAUAGCACGCCUCCGUCCUGAACUGACAAUGUCGAUGUUUUCUGAAAUAACGUAUAGAUUCCAAACAGCACGAGCCGAGGCGCGAGCACUAUUGUUACAGUGCUUGCUACCAUGGCUGGAAAAUGUGGAGCUUGUAGCUUCCAGCGUUCCUCCAGCAACUCCGUUAUCGUACAUCAUGUAUUAUCCCGAUUCUGGUACUAGGGGACGUCGUGAAGGAUCCGGCUCGACUGAAGCAACAGAAAUGAUUCUGAACAACCUCUUUUACAUUACAGCAAAGUUUGCUGAUUCACACCCGUACAUCGAGGAGCUUUGGGGUACUUUAUGUCAAUUUUGGCCCAACAACCUUAAAGUUAUUCUACGCUACUUGCUCAUCAUUUCUGGAAUGGCACCGAAUGAGCUGUUAGCCAAUGCGAAACGGGUUGCAUUAUAUUUGGCGCGUUCGUGCACUAACAGGCUGCUGGACGAACUGAUGAGCGAACUGCAAACGGUGGAAACACUGAACUGUUUAAUUGAGCGCACAGAAACGCCUCCGUUUUACCGCUUAACGAGCAUGAGAAAAGCAUCUAGCCACUCAGAUGGUCCAGCUUCCGGUAACAACGAUCCAAAGGUGCAGGAUGUUGACGUCGAAAAGGGAACUAUUCACACGAAGCGGCACAGUGGAGAAGAUCCGAUAAAGUCAGGCACGUGCAAAUCGGACAGUGCGCUUCGGACGUUUGCAAACGCCUACCGUCCACCGCGUGGGAGCGAUAAGAUACGCACUGCAUCUGGACCCUGUGUGUUGCCCCGGCAUGAGGACGUAAUGAUGAUGAUGAACGAACCGGAAAUGAACCAGGAGGAUAAUUUCGUGCAAAUACGCACCGAGCAACCGACCGCUCCCCAUCCACUUCCUAUGCCCGAGUACGGUGGAUAUUUUGCGCCACUUACCGAGUUUUUACCGGACACGAACAUUCCCAUCAGCGGUUUCCAUCGGUGCAAUGUGGCGGUCAUGCUGUUGACUGACAUCGUAGUCGAUGGUAUACCUGGCCUAGACUGGACGCUACACGUUCCGCUGAUGUUGCACAUUCUGUUUCUUGGGUUGGACCAUACUCGCAGAAUUGUACGCGAUCAUUGUAAGAAACUAUUGUUGAAUUUGCUGAUUGUACUGGCAGAGCAUAACGACCAUCUGACGGUAGCAAAGAUAUUGUUGAACAGUGAUACAUCCAAGCUGCGUCUAGGUAUCGUUGUGCCGUCGCUUCCCGUUAUUGAUCACAAUUUCACUGAACCCGACCAAGAGUUUGACAGUUAUCUGUUUGGACUAAACGGUGGUACCGGGCAGCAAUCGAUUCUUUCACCUGCCUCGAAUCAACCAAACGAGGAAACGCCGGCUGUACCGAUGAUCGUGACGGAGGAAAAUGCCCCACCCCAACCAGGGCCCACAAUGCCCACGGCGCACGUCAUUAAGAGUUUGAUAAAAUUCCUGUCCAAUGAGAGCAGCCAACAGCAGCCGCUGUGGAACUACGAGGACAUAACGGCGAAAGUUUGGAGCAUAAAGUCGGCGGAUCAGUUGCAGUGCUUCCUGCGACAUAUCGUGAAGGCGUUCACGGACAGCUAUCCCCACGCUCGAAUUCCGGAGCGCUGGGCACAGACCGCAUUGCAGCUUGGGCUUAGCUGCUCGUCGCGCCACUAUGCUGGGCGCAGUCUGCAAGUGUUCCGCUCGCUUAAUGUACCAAUCAAUUCGCGCAUGCUGUCUGACAUUCUGUCGCGGUUGAUCGAAACCGUAGCUGAGCAGGGUGAAGACAUGCAGGGCUACGUAACGGAGCUGUUGCUCACGCUGGAAGCUGCCGUUGACAGCCUCGAUUCCGAUUUCCGGCCAUUGGAUGUAAUGAAAGACAUCUUCAAAAGCACCCCGAAUCUGAACAACAAGGAAGGUGUGAUAUCGGGUAUGUACAGUGGCAGCAAGCGGUCUGCUGAUGGUGGCAUUGCUGGAGGUUCACCCGGACAAAGUUUGCACAAUGCGACGAGUGGUGGCCACACGCGCAGUACUAGCUACUCCAUCUCGUACUGCUCGCGAAAAGCGGCUAAUUCACCAAUCGACAAACAGAUCGAGUUGCGCAAUAGAAAUGCAGCGUUAGAAAUUGAACGCAACGCGGCAAAGUUCGGAGCUGGUCAAACUUCCCUGUCACGGUCGCGCAGUGCACAAAGUCUUAAGCUGCUGGGCGAUACGGCUACGCAGGAUGAUAAGAUGACCAUACUGGCACAGCUGUUUUGGUUGGCCGUAUCGCUGUUAGAAAGUGACUAUGAGCACGAGUUCCUGCUGGCGCUACGAUUGCUUACGCGAGUUCUUCAUCGGCUCCCAUUGGAUAGACCCGACGCACGAGACAAGGUUGAAAAGCUUCAACAGCAGCUAAAGUGGUCCACGUACCCGGGGGUGCACGCACUGCUGCUAAAAGGUUGCACACAUUCCGGUACGUACGAAGCAUCGAUUGCGCUUCUUUCGCAGUUGACUCCUCUGCUAAAUCUGCCAGUCUGUGAUCCAACGCAAAGCUGUGCUUUUCCAAUGAACGUGAUCGCUUUGUUGCCAUACAUGCUGCUACACUACGAGGAUGCUAAUGAGAUAUGCAUCCGAAGUGCGGAAAAUAUUGCACAGGUCGCGUCUGAGAUGGGGUUAAAGUUGGAGAAUCUAGGCACUGUCAUGACAUUGUACAGCAGAAAAACGUUCAGCAAGGAGUCAUUCCAGUGGACCAAGUGUGUGGUGAAGUACCUGUACGAUACGUAUGCCCACAUGGGUCUGCACAUGCUGGCGUUCCUAACGGAGGUUCUGGAAAAGGGUUGGGUACAGGUACAGCUGCAAGUCCUGAGCGUUAUUCACUGCAUGCUGCAUUAUGUGGAUCUGUCCGCCGUCACAAUACAACCGAUCGCUGGUGAUAUGUUGAGGAUAAUAUCGAAAUAUUUGGAUAGCCCCAACUGGAAGGAAGCGCUAAAGAUACUGAAGUUCGUGGUGACACGAAGUUCAAGCCUGCAAGUAGUUCCGCAAUCGUCAGAGGGUGGUGGCUCAUCGUUUGCUAAUCUGCAUGGAAGUUUUAGCGAUUCGGAGGUAUUCUGCAAAAAAGAACUAGCCGGACGAACAAUGGAAUUUUCGUUCGAUGUUUCGCAAACACCGUUGAUAGGGCGUAAGUUGCUCCUAAAGUCCGAUAACGAAACAAACGCAUCUUCCGCUACUGUUGGUGCUGGUACUCAAAUGGGUGCCAAAGGUUUCAAUGGUUCGAGUAAUGUGACCGGAUCUGGGGCCCACUAUGGACACGCUGGAACACCAAACUCGCCACGCCGAAGUGCCAGCUUAUCGCCGGCAGACACUACACCACUGAGCGGCUGGAAACGGCCAUGGAUGUCACAGGGACGUGUACGGGAAGGUUUGGUAAAUCUACUAACAACUUGCGGACAACGUGUGGGUCUUCCCAAGAGUCCUUCGGAUGAUAUCAUAAGCUCAUUGUACUCCAAGGUCAUUUUCAGCCAAUCAUCCGAUCUGCUAGAGCGCCAGUCUUCCGCCGCAUCGAGUACGGACGAAACGUCCGGUGCACAGCAAGACUUGAGCGGUGGUUCGAAACGCGACGACGGUGCACCGGACUUUGGUGUGUUCAAGGACUUUGACUUCCUUGAGUACGAGAGCGAAAGCAUCGAAGGCGAAUCGACGGAUAACUUUAACUGGGGCGUACGUCGUCGUCCACUUUCGGAGGGUGAAAACGAACCCCAUUCACUGUCUGCCGGUGGUGCGCGGACAUCGCAUUCGUCGAACAUUGACGAGAGCCUGAGUGAGAAAACGCCCAUAUUUAACCGCAGAAAGCGUCCCAAUGCAGAUGAUUCAUCGGACGAGGAGGUGGAAUCUGAAUCACCGCUAGACGAAGAACCACGACCAAUCUUUUCUAAAGCGGCCUACCUGAGCGGACCGCCAACGAGCUUGAGUUUGCGAGAAAGACGCCACCGUCGCGAUUCAGUGUCACGCAGCGAUACGAGUGGAUCAAGCGCAGGAGAUCUUGGCGAUAUCACCCCAUGCAAUGCAUCUCCACAUUUGCCUGGCAUGCAUCCAUUCCGCUCCGGGCCGAUACGGGAUGAAAGUGUUGACAUGUGGCGUCGCAAUCUGGUGGGACUGCUCGUAAACCAACCUUCUUCCCAUGCGCCCGAUUUGCUUAAUCAAAUGUUCCGACUGAUCAAGGAGCUGACGGUGCGUUCUAUCGCAAUUUCGAAGGAGUGUAUGCGAUACUUCACUGGAUGCGGAGUACAGCUAGGGCAUCGUAUUUCGGUCCUAUCGGACCUACUUGCCACGCGCGGUGAUCCACCGAAAAUUUGGUACCAUCAAAGCCUUGCGACGACGCCUCGUCUCUUUGAGAACCUUCGGUACGGAGUGUUGGAGGUGCAGGAACAUCUCGAGACGUUUUUCGAUCGCAAGGAAACCGUGUUGGAUAGUCUGGAUGAGGUGAAAGCGUCCUGCAAAUUGGCCCUCUUUACGUCGGAUAUUGAUUCAGCAAACGAAGGCACCGGAGGCUCCAGCGCAGUCGUGUCUCUUUCCACUUCAACGGAUCCUGCCACGGCCGAGUUAUUGCUCGAUCUGGGACGUGGACUGUACAAACUGAUGUUCCAGUUGCUUCUGCUAAUUGAGUCUGACCAUAAGAUAGCCAUUAGUGUAGUGCAGAAUUUGCGACAGAACGAACAAAUGCAAGAUCUUUCCAACCUGUACAUGUCCGUCCGAGGCGCCCUGCUGCGUUGCAUUGACGAUGCUGAGAUGGAAUCAUUGGACACAUCGACGUCAACUGAAGGAGAAAACACACCAACCCCAUCACCGGGACUCCCCAUGAACAACAGCGAGUUUGAGAACAUACUAGUUGAGCUGAUCGACAACCAGCGGUGGUCGGCAGCAAUAAAUCACGUUAAACAGCAUAAACAAAUGUCGAACCAUUCUGCAUCGAAUUACAAUCUUCCUGGUGUUACGGGCAGCGGUGGUGGUGGCAGUGUUGUUGGAGGAAGUGGCGGUAUCAUGUUCACCUCGGGCGGCAAUAGCAAUGCCGGCAUGUCUGCAUGCGCUGGAGGGGACGGCCUGUUCAGCAAUCUUGGCACGGAAUUUAAAACCAUUGAUGAUUUAUCGAUCAUAUUGAACGUUUAUGCCCAUAGGCUGACGAAGGAUAGAAACGAUGUGUUCAUCGUGUCGCGUUCGGAGUUUGAGCUGAGCGAAAUCUAUCAAAUUCUCAUGGAAAACCUGCUGCACGUUUCGUCUGCCCUGUCGAACAUGGAAAUCAGCAUGAAAGCCAACACAAGCUCCAGCUCCUCAACGGUGACAACGAUGACGACAAUACCCGCCGUGGUCGGCACCGGUGGCGGAAGUGGUGGAGGUGGCUCCAGCAUUACAGGGCUUGGUGUGGCAGGAAAUGUGCACUCAGGAUCUCAGGGCAACUCAGGUACGGGUUCGUUACUCAGCUCUACGCAAAGCGCAAGCCUACCACCACCACCGCCUGUACUGGCCCCAACAAACCCAUUCAAAGAUACAGUUGACAUCAUCACGACACUGUAAGCUGACCAACUGAUGA